CAUCCUGCGACGCUGUAGCUGGUUAAACGCGACGGAAGCGUGCCUGUGUUAUAUUACCCUUGUAUGUUCUUAGCACGCUCCUUGUUCAGGAUGUCAGGCCACACCCCCUCACUGAUGAGACUGGAGCAGCGGGCGGCCGAGGCGGAUCGGAUCAUCGAGUACCUCAAACACCAGGUCCAGCUGCUGAAAGAAAAAUCCAUGGUGCAGGCCACCGUGAAGGAGGAGAAGAUGCUGAUGGUGGAGAACACCAAGCUGAAGAAGGAGAUUGAAGAACUGAAGAGGCAGCUCCUGGAGAAGGAAAGAAGGAGAGGAGUGACGGUGCCCAUGCCCCCGGCAGACUCCAGCGUCCAGUGUGCGUCCAAGCCCUCGGCCCCCGAGCCCACAGCGAAACCCGCUCCCGCAGCUCCAGCGCCCGCCGUUAAAAGCCCUCCAGCCAACAGCACCGAGCCCAAGACGAAAGCUAAAGCAGAGAAGAAAGGAGAAAAGUCGGAGAAGAAGGCUCCUCCCCCUCAGGAGGACGCCAAGGUGGACGUGUCUCGUUUGGACCUGCGCGUCGGGAGGAUCGUCACGGCGAAGAAGCACCCGGACGCCGAUUCGCUGUACGUGGAGGAGGUGGAUGUGGGUGAAGCGGCGCCGCGCACCGUGGUCAGCGGCCUCGUCAAGCACAUCCCACUAGAGCAGAUGCAGAACCGCAUGGCGGUGCUCCUGUGCAACCUCAAGCCAGCCAAGAUGAGAGGAGUUGUAUCUCAGGCCAUGGUGAUGUGCGCCAGCAGUCCAGACAAGGUGGAGAUCCUGGACCCACCCAGUGGGGCGGAGCCUGGAGAUCGAGUCUCUUUCCAGGGAUUUCCAGGUGAACCUGAUAAGGAACUGAACCCCAAGAAGAAGGUGUGGGAGCAGGUGCAGCCAGAUUUGCGCACGGAUAACCAGGGCGUGGCCACCUACAAGGGAGCCGCCUUCGAGGUCGCCGGGAAAGGUGUUUGCAAAGCCCAAACCAUGACCAACGCCGGCAUCAAAUAAAGAGGCUCGCGAGUCAGGACUGUGAAGUGAACGAGGAACAAGUCUGUGAUAUCUGUAUGGCUUUGCUGAAAUAACAAUAAAGAAUUUGGUCACACA